AUGGGACGUCCUCAUUCAGUAAUUGCUCAAGGUUCAACACCAGCACCAAUUGACCAUGUUGUUAAUGAUGAUAAGACUGAAUGUUCAAAAAGUCGUAAAUCACUUGGACUAUCAAGUAUAACACAUAGAGAUGGUAUUGCUAAAUGCGCUAAAUGCACAAAGCAAAAUACACAAAUUAAAAAAAAUAUUAAAAAUGCAAUACUAUUUGAAUCAAGUCCAUUACCUUCUCGUUCAGCAAUUGCUCAAGGUUCAACACCAGCACCAAUUGACAAUGUUGAUAAUGAUGAUGAUGAUGCUGAACGUUCAGGAAGUGGUAAAUCACUUGGAUUAUCAGCAGGUGGUAUUUCAAAACGUAUGAGAUUAAAUCCAUCAAAUGAAUCAAAUCAAAUUUCUCAAGGUUCAAUACCAGCACCAAUUGACCAUGUUGUUAAUGAUGAUAAUUAUCUUAAGAUUGAAUGUUUAGGAAGUUGUAGAUCACUCAAACUACUAUCAAGAACAACACAUAGAGAUGGUAUUGCUAAAUGCAUGAAGGAAAAUACACAAAAUAAAGAAAAUGCAAUACUAUUAGAAUCAAGUCCACUACGUCCUCGUACAGUAAUUGCUCAAGGUUCAACACCAGCAUCAAUUGACUAUGUUAAUUAUGAACAGUUAAAGCGACAUAUACAAAAUGAUAUAAAUAUGGAUAAUGAUAGAAAAAAAAGAUAUUUAAAUAUGAUAAAAAAACAUGAGAGCAGAAUGAGGACAUUGAAUGACAAUAGUGAUAAGAUAAACCAUCAGCAUGUUAAAUAUGAACAGUUAAAGCUAGAUAUACAAAAUGAUAUAAAUAUGGAUAAUGAUAGAAAAAAAAGAUAUUUAAAUAUGAUAAAAAAACAUGAGAGCAGAAUGAAGACAUUGAAUGACAAUAGUGAUAAGAUAAACCAUCAGCAUAAUGCCAAAAAUAUGAUAAUUGACUAUAUUAAUGAUGAUUGCCUGGCUGAAAUAUUCAUGUAUCUGCCAGCAUGUGAGAGACUAAAAAUUGCAAUGGUAUGCACGAAAUGGAAAAGAGCUCUUAAUUAUUCUUGGUUUAAUGUCACAAAACUUGAAUUAACUUAUUGGCGAUAUCAUGAACUUCCAAAUUGUUUAAAAAAAUAUCAAAGGCGUGAUAAAAGAUUAAAUUUUUUAAAGUCACUGCUUGAUAAAUGUGGUCGUUAUUUAACAAUAUUAGACUUGACAGCUUAUGAUCGUUGUAACAUUGUGCCAAUUAUCAAUGAUUAUUGUCCAAACCUCGAGAAACUUCGAUUGAGAUUUUACGAUACUGACGAUACAAUGUUAUCCAAUGCAUUUACACGUUUAUCUAAACUAAAAUCCUUGACAAUUAUAUUUGAAGGAAUGACAGGUCAAAAAAUACCUCCGGCUUUAAUAGAUUCAUUGAAAAACGUUGCUGGUACAUUGACUGAACUGUAUUUGUUACAUUUUGUCCGUCAUUUGGAUAAAUGCUGUGAUUAUCCAAACAUUUGUGCGGUGAUUCGUCGGCUAAAAGCCCUGAAACGUUUUGAAGUUGCUGGUAUACGAGGUUUCAACAGUUCAUCCAAGUAUUUAAAAAAUAAUGAAAAGUCAUUUUAUUUCAACCAUAAUCAAUAUGUUAAAAAACUUCCUCAUCUGGGAUAUUCGGUAGUAGAAAUCACGAAAUUAGAUUUAACAAGUUGCUUUAUUAAAGAUAAUACUUUGUAUGUUAUUGCCAAUACCAUCAUAUCAUUAGAAAUUUUAACUAUACCUUGUGAACAGAUAACUGAUGAAGGUGUAGUAGCACUUUCAAAGAUGAGUAAUUUACAAACUCUUUAUUUAAAGGGUCAUAAUAACGUCAUUGAUUCUUCACUCAAAUUGCUUAAGAAUAUAGUAAAAUUAUCUUUGCCACGAAGCAAUAAAAUUACUGAUGUUUCAGUCACGAAACUUGUUGAAAAUUCACCAAAAAUUCAUAAACUUUUACUUCACUACACAACAAGUGUGACUGCUAAUUUUGUCAAAAAAGCAGCAAAAAUAUCAAGUCAACGAAAACAACUUUUGAAGAUAUCCAUUCAUUCAUUAAUACCUAAUGUAAAACGAUAUGAAUCACCAAUUGGUUUGAAUUUUGGAUCUGUUUGA